GAGGUGAAACAAUCUAAAAAAAAAUUCCCACUCAAGUACCAUCCUUCGCAAAGAACAGAAUGCAAUAAGGAGAGUACCUUUGUAAAAUAAAAACAUCUUGAUUUCUCAAACCAGCUGCGCCGAUAGUGAGUAAAAGAUGUAGAGAAGUCCAAAGUCCAAAUUGACUGUACAAAAGUAAUUAUCCCAAGUGGAGCCGCUACUGAAUCACGCACUUUGCUAUUUACUAGUACCUGGUGGCCUAGAGGCUUGUAUUCAAAGUAAGAAGCACUAAGUCAACGGUUUGAAUCAAUCGUGCGGUGUGGAAAUAACUAACGUUAACGUUUUGAGGCCCGUAUCAAGAAAUGCAAACUGCGGGCGGCCGCCUCUGGCAUUUCCCUACCGCUGAGUUCGUAGUGCUGUUCUGUAAGCCCUAAUCCAACGGACGUCACAUCCGGUCUUCAUUGAAGCCAGUCUGAAAACCGUGAACGGUUCCAAGGACGGCAACACUGCUAAUACUCGCCAUGGUUCUGCUACUACAAGCAUAACGGGAAAAGUGAGGCUGGCGCUAUUCUAGUAUUUGAUGGACGGUGUUUCUCGCAUCUUAAGAGAUAAUCAGAUUGUGCAAUCGUAUCUGAAAACUCAAUCAUUAUGGUCCUUGACUUACUUAGAAAAUUUUUCCAAAGAAAUCCUGCGAAAGCAGAAGAGAGACUGCCUUUCAAACAAAAGGCUUCCCAUGGAGUGGGCCAUAUUCUGAACGAUCUCGCGGCAAGCGUUUGGUUCAGCUACUUGAUAAUUUACCUCACCAAAGUCGCCGGUCUCCCAAAUAGGCAUACAGGACUGGUCCUUUUCCUCGGUCAAAUCGCCGACGCGUUAUUCACCCCGUUUGUCGGGAUCCUCUGUGACAGGACUGUGUGUCGGUAUGGGAGAAGAAAGAUCUGGCAUUUGCUUGGUUGCAUACUCACUAGCUUAUCAUUCCCACUUAUAUUCAUCCGUAUACUUCCCAAUGAUGCUACCGAUACUCUCAAGGUUUGCUAUUAUGUUGGAAUUGCUGCAGUGUUUCAGUUCGGAUGGGGUUGUGUACAGAUAUCCCACUUAACUCUUAUCCCUGAAAUCUCUAAAAAGAGCAGCGAACGAGUAGAGCUGAACGCGAUAAGGUCCGCCUUGACAUUCAUCUGCGGUAUUUACGUGUAUGGAGUCACGUGGAUUCUUCUUGGAGAGAGCUCUGAAGAAACUUUGACCCCGAACGUUUGGAAGCAGUUCAUGUACUUGUCAUUUAUCAUCGUGGGUAGUGGAAACGUCUUCAAUGUGAUAUUUCAUGUAUUUACUAAAGAACCACCAUCAAAAGCAUUGUUAGAUUGGAAAGAGAAAUACAACAAGAAGAAAUGUGAAGAGUCUGUAGCCUUAAAUGGCUCUAAAGCUUCAAGUCAGGUGGUAUACUGCCAGUCUCCUCCCUCUACAAGUCGAAGUAGUGGUGCUUCACCCUCCGUGCGCGUCACUCUGUGUGACGACAAGAAGUCGUGCAAUGGCGUGACAGGUCGUAACGCAAGCAGCAGUGACCAAAUACCGCUUGUUGCAGGAGAUGAGGAAGGCAGGAAUCUUGAGCUGGAGAUCAUUGAUCGCACGGAGGAUUCUUUACAUGCCCGACCAGGGAUGACAAAACUGCAGUGGCUCAAGAACCCUAAUCUUUAUAUAGUUGCGAUGAUGUACAUGAGUACACGGAUCGUGGUGAAUAUAUCCCAAUCAUACCUGCCACUGUACCUGACCGACACCAUGAAGUUUAACAAGGAGGCGAUCGCGUAUUUCCCUUUAGUUGUACUCACAAGCGGUGUCGUCGCAAGCUUAGGAGUCAAACCACUAAAUAAGAAGUUAGGAAAUAAGAUGACGUUCGUACUUGGCUCUUUGAUGGCUCUAUGUGCGUGCUUCUGGUUCCAUGUACAGCCUGUUGCGCAUCGAAACGCAAUUUAUGCGACGACGGUCAUUAUGGGCUGCGGUGGAUCGGUUAUGCUCGUGUCUGCCCUUUCUCUUAUUGCACAUCUUGUUGGCAACGACAAUCAAUCUGGUGCCUUUAUCUACGGUGCUAUUAGUUUCACAGACAAGCUUUCCAGUGGUGCAGUGAUUGCUAUUAUCCAGGAAUUUACACCUCCAAGGACACCUGGUGAAUGCCCUGAUUGCGACUUGUACACACGAAACAUCCAAAGUCUUGCGCCGGGCGUUGCUGCCCUACUAGCUCUGUUCGUAGGACUUGUGCUUUUUGAACCAGCUUUUGUCUGCAAAAGACGAGUCACCAAACACGACAAAGUAAUCCAAACAGAUAACUACGAGUUUAAUGAUCCCAACACACAAAGGAGCAUCGGAGACUCAUUGCACUUGUACGAAAAACACGACCACCACUCUUUCUUUCCAGAGCCUGUGUUUGAUAGUGAGGAGAAUUCCACAAAGUACGAUGACAAGGCUGUGUUUGAUAGUAAGGAGAAUUCCACAAAGUACGAUGACAAGGCCGAUCAGUGCCGAGACACUACCGCGAGUGUUGUCAUCUGGGAGAAGCGGACAAAUGAAAGGCUGCACCAAUCUCGUGCGGCGAAAAAUAUCAGCGCUUCUCUUGCACGAGAAGAUGGGGAAACCGGUAGCCGGCUUGCACAGGCGAUAAUUCCUUCGCCUUUACUGAACAGGCGCACUAUUGUAUGAUCGUACGAUGAAGUCGCGAUACAAAUAUAUUCGGAGAGCACAAAUGGGUGCACUUGAAAUAAUGGGACACUCGAGGUGUCAUUCGGGAUGAUCACGGGCGCACUCGAGAUGUGCGCAGGGCACCUGUACAAGUAAUGAACUCGGAAUAAAAUCGGAAAGCUCGGAGCGCACUUGCAGUAUGUUCGAGAUAUACUCGGGUAUACACUAGGAAUAUACACGGGAUGCAGUCGGGGUGCUUGGAACAGUGCACGGAACAGUGGUAACAGUGGAGUAAAUUAUUUUUUUCAAAGAAUGAUUUUCAGCAUAAUCCCUUCUGAUUAAAGGGGGUCGCAAUCGUUUGAGCAUCAAAAAUAGCGCUUGUCCAAAAAGUAUUACAGUUAAACUGUUAAUGAACCAUUCAGUUAUCUAAUGAUAACAUAAAAUCCAGCUCUUGUGUGAAAAGAGAGGAGAGGAGUUUAUCACAGAAGCUGAGCACUCUUUUGCGUACAAAAUCGAACCAACCACGGUUUGUGUAUAAGAUAACCCUAGGCCCUCAUUUUUCCCUUUUUGCGGACAAAGGAGAGUCGAGUUUCUAGCGUUUCUAGCGUUUGGUGGAAAACUGCUCAAAUGUAUCAGACAGACUACGUCACGUCCAGCUCUUUGGAUUUCCAUUAUUUUACAGUUGUCAUCUGCGUUCCUAUAUAAUGUGAAAAUAUAGAAAGGGUAAAUAAAGAUGUAACAACGGGA